UUUUGUCAGCAGCGGCUGCAGGAAAGGAAGGUGGAGGUGCCCGGAGCCUCCUCGCCCCGUGUAAGGCCCCCCUGGCCCGUAAAAUCCAGCAAAGAUGUCUGAAUACAUCCGCGUUACUGAGGAUGAGAACGAUGAGCCCAUUGAGAUCCCUUCAGAGGAUGAUGGCACUGUGCUGCUAUCCACAGUUACUGCCCAGUUCCCUGGAGCAUGUGGUCUGCGUUACAGGAACCCAGUGUCUCAGUGUAUGAGAGGAGUCCGGCUAGUGGAAGGAAUUCUCCAUGCUCCAGAUGCUGGCUGGGGAAAUCUGGUCUAUGUUGUUAAUUAUCCCAAAGAUAACAAGAGGAAAAUGGAUGAAACAGAUGCCUCAUCAGCUGUGAAAGUAAAACGAGCAGUACAAAAGACAUCUGAUUUAAUAGUUUUGGGUCUUCCCUGGAAAACCACUGAACAAGAUCUAAAGGAAUAUUUCAGUACAUUUGGAGAAGUUCUCAUGGUGCAGGUUAAGAAAGACAUUAAGACUGGUCACUCAAAGGGUUUUGGUUUUGUUCGAUUUACGGAGUAUGAAACCCAGGUGAAAGUGAUGUCCCAACGACACAUGAUAGAUGGAAGAUGGUGUGACUGUAAACUUCCUAAUUCUAAGCAAAGUCCCGAUGAACCUUUGCGUAGCAGAAAGGUGUUCGUUGGGCGCUGCACUGAGGAUAUGACUGCAGAUGAGCUCCGGCAGUUCUUUUCUCAGUAUGGAGAAGUGGUAGAUGUCUUCAUCCCCAAACCCUUCAGAGCUUUUGCUUUUGUUACAUUUGCAGAUGAUCAGGUUGCCCAGUCUCUUUGUGGAGAGGACUUGAUCAUUAAAGGAAUCAGCGUACAUAUAUCCAAUGCUGAACCUAAGCACAAUAGCAAUAGACAGUUAGAAAGAGGUGGAAGAUUUGGUGGUAAUCCAGGAGGCUUUGGGAAUCAGGGUGGAUUUGGUAAUAGUAGGGGGGGAGGAGGUGGUUUGGGGAACAACCAGGGCAGUAAUAUGGGUGGAGGGAUGAAUUUUGGAGCAUUUAGUAUCAACCCUGCUAUGAUGGCGGCAGCCCAGGCAGCAUUGCAGAGCAGCUGGGGAAUGAUGGGCAUGUUAGCUAGUCAACAGAACCAGUCUGGGCCAUCGGGAAACAACCAACCUCAAGGCAACAUGCAAAGGGAGCAGAACCAGGGUUUUAGUUCAGGAAGUAAUUCUUACGGAGGAUCUAACUCUGGAGCAGCAAUAGGUUGGGGGUCAGCAUCAAAUGCAGGAUCAAGCAGUGGGUUUAAUGGAGGCUUUGGUUCAAGUAUGGAUUCCAAAUCAUCAGGCUGGGGAAUGUAGACAGUGGGCUCUGAUACUGACUCUAUGGUGGGAAAUCAAUUUUUUCUAAACUCAUGGUAAGUAUAUUGUAAAUUGCAUAUAUACUAAAAUUUUCCUGAUCAAUUUGUUCAAUGUGCAGUAUAUUCAACAGUAUUUUUGACAUUUUUCUUUUGUAAAAAGAAAGGUUAAAGGAAUUUUAUAAGUUUUGUUACAUAAUUUGUUGGAAUAUUGAAUGAUUGAAAGUGAACUGCUGUUUGCCUGAUGGGUAAACUAACACACUACAAUUGAGAGGAAGGGUUUCUCCUGUAAUAUUUUAUUCCUUGUCAGCUGAAUUCUUUGCAUGUUCAAAAAGGAAACCAUUGGUCAGAAACUACAUUCUUUCUUUUCCUCUUGUUUGUUUUAAUUUGAUCCCCACCAUAAGAAUCUCUCCAAAUGCCCCAGUUGGAGAACAGUGUCGGUGUUGUGUUUUGUUUGUUUGUUUUUUUUCCUUUUAACACUGUCUCCCCUCAUAUACUAAGUACAAUAUGAAGGCUUCAUUUAAUCUCUGCAGUUCAUCUCAUUUCAAAUGUGUAUGGAAGAAGCACUUAAUUGAAAGCAGUGCUGUAAAUAUUCUGCUUUAGGAAUACUUCUGUCUACAUGCUUUCUCAUCCAAGAAUACUUCAUCACACUGCACAUGCUACGUCUUAGACGGUGGGUGUUCCAUUUUUAUCCGCUACUCUUUAUUUCAUGGAAUCGUAUCAACGCUAUGAACGCAAGGCUGUGAGAUGGAACCAGAAGGCUGUUUGAACUUUUGAAACCUUGUGUGGGAUUGAUGGUGGUGCCGAGGCAUGAGAGGGCUGGUAUGUGCGAGAAAAAGGAGAGAGCGCAUGCAGAGACCUGGUGGUGCAUUAUGGGAUUUUAUUUUACUUGGCGAGAUGUCUCUCAAUCCUGUGGCUUUGGUGAGAGAGUGUGCAGAGAGCAAUGAUAGCAAAUAAAGUACGAGUGUUUUUUGCAUUCAAAGGACAUCCAUAUCUGGAAGACUAAAUGGGUUUUAUACCUAGUUAACCAAUUAGUUGAAUGUGUUAAGUGAAAUGAAUAUCUGUAUUUUUUUUCCCUUAUGUCAACUGCUGUGAAUGUUGUAUGGUGUGUGUUCUUUUCUGUUAAUGAUAUGUAAGUGUGGUAAUGUGAAUCGAAGAUGAUGGGGUUUGUGACGAGAACAUUGAGUUUGUGGUGUGCUUUGCGGUAGUUGUAGCAGAGUUCACUAGCGAGCUCAGUGUGCCUCUUAAGGGUGGAAGUUCCACUGUCUGUAAGAUAUCCAUAAGAAUGCUGUUUGCUGCAGUUCUGUGUUUGGAUGCUUUUUAUAAGAUUUGUCAAUGUAGGAAAUUCUUAAAUAAAACUGAUUUAAGUAAUAUGUGUCUUUGUUUUGCAGCCCUGAAUGCAAAGAAUUCAUAACAGUUAAUUUAUUUUGUCCUUUGAGAUGAACUUCCGUAAAGUUGUUUUUGCAGUAAUUCAGUUUGUUUCAGAUAAGCAUGCUUUAAAAGUUGACAAGUCAAAUGGAUCCAUCACUCUUCAUGCAUUGAUACCUGACACCCA